AUGUCUCCGAUUCCAACUCGUCAACUCGGUAAGAACGGGCCUAUGGUCCCCAGGAUCGGCUACGGCACAAUGGGCCUGUCACUCGGCUACGGAAAGCCAGUGCCGGACGAGCAGAGUCUCGAAGUCCUGGACCACGCGCAUAAGAUCGGCGCAGCAUUUUGGGACACGAGCGACUUCUACGGAGACUCCGAGGAAGUCCUAGGCAAAUGGUUCACCCGAUCUGGCAAGCGCUCCGACAUAUUCCUCGCGACCAAGUUCGGCGCAGUCCGUCUGGGCGGCGGUAACUUUGGCUUCCGCGGUGACGCAGUCUAUGUAAGCGAGGCCUGCGAGCAGAGCCUGAAGCGGCUGGGCGUCGAGCACAUUGACCUCUGGUAUCCGCACCGGCUCGACGGCAGCACCCCGGUCGAGCUCAUCGUGGCCGAGAUGGUCAAGAUGAAAGAGUACGCACUGAACCACCCCGUCCCCAUAAUGGCUCGAUCGCAUCUCCGUGCUAACCCAUCCUAUUUCGCAAAAAGACAAGGCAAGAUCCGCCACCUGGGCCUCUGCGAGGUAUCGGCCGCGACGCUCCGCCGCGCCCACGCCGUGCACCCCAUCGCGGCCGUGCAGGUCGAGUACAGCCCCUUCAGCACCGAGAUCGAGGACGGACUGCUGCAGGCGUGCCGCGAGCUCGGCGUCGCCGUCGUGGCCUACAGCCCGCUGUCACGCGGGCUGCUGAGCGGCCAGAUCAAGAGCCGCGACGGCUUCGGCGAGGACGACAUCCGCCGGUUCUACCCGCGCUUCAACGAGGAGAACUUCCCGAAGAACAUGGCCCUCGUGGCCGAGCUUGGGAGGAUCGCCGAGGUUAAGGGGUGCACGGUUGGCCAGCUCACGCUUGCGUGGCUGUUGGGUCAGGGUGAUGACAUUUUUCCUAUUCCUGGGACGAAAAAUAUCAAGUACCUCGAGGAGAACUCCUCUGCGGCAGACGUCGAGCUGACUCCUGACGAGGUCGCACGUAUCCGCUCACUGCUCAACAAUGCCUCCUUCGGCGCUCGGUACGCGCCCGAGCAUUCCUUUGCGCUGUUUAGUGACACGCCCCUCCUGGAGGACCAUGCUGCAGGAAAGGGGAGCGAGGUCAAGGCUGGAAUCAGCGGUCGGGUGGUUUAG